AUGUCUCGUCUUGAAGCUAAAAAGGCUCCGUUGUUUAUUAGUGACCCUUUAACUAAAGUUAGUCAGCCACUGUCCCUGCUGAGUGGCAUAUUAAAGUCUUGCUAUGGUCCCGCUGGUAGGCUCAAACAGCUGCACAAUGGUGUGGGAGGCUAUGUUUGUACAACCUCACAGUCUUCAGCCAUACUGAGUCGUCUUUCCUUCAGUCAUCCUGCAUUAAGUGUCCUGACGGCCUCUGUACAGAACCACAUAUCUCGCUUCAGUGACGGGGGCUUGUUUACUGCCAUUCUUUGCUGUAGUUUGAUUGAAAACUUCAGAAGCCUAAAUGUGGCCUCUGGCACCGUUGUUAAAAUAAGCAAACAUCUUUUGAGUUUGUGUAUGGACUAUCUCAAAUCCGAGGCCUGUGGUUGCCGAGUAUCUGUCGAUUUUAGUGGUGUCGAGACCCUUCGUUGCUUGGUACGUAGCGUAUUAGCGAGCAAACCUGCUUGCAUGCUUAACAAAACAGAAGUUGAUCAUCUUGCCACGCUGAUUUUAAAGGCUUUUAUAUUUACUGUGCCGUGUCAUGUUGAGACAAAUGCUGUUUUAGGAAAAUGUGUAAUAGUACCUGUGAAAGGCACAAGAGUUGUGGAUUCUACAGUUCUUCCCGGACUGCUGAUAGAAACACCCGAAAUUCAAUUGGCAAAACCACUUACUGUCAAAAGGACUUGUUCAGGCAUGGUCAAGAUAGCCCUGUUCUGUGUGUCCAUGUCAGGAGACUGCUUCAGCCCCGGAGAAGGAACUCUAACAGUCCUUCAUGGAAUUUCUCUAGAAGCAUCAGAGCUAAAUCAGUUGCUUAAUGUAGGAAAGCAGCUGGUUGAUGAUGAGGUUGGCCUUGUGGUGUGCCAGAAGGUUAUCCAUCCGUCGUUGAAACAGUAUCUGAAAGAGAACAAUGUCGUUGCAGUGGACCGAGCUGGGCUCGCUCUGAUGGAACCCCUGAGCCUGAUGACAGGUUCAAAGCCUAUCGCCUCUAUAGACUUGUUGGCACCUAGUUGCUACGGAAGUUUGAAAGAUGUGUGCGUGGAGAGUUUGGCUUCAAAACGCUUUGUGCAUCUAAUUCCGAACGAGGCAGUUGUCUGCAGCUUGAUACUCUGUAACAGAAAUGAAACUGCAUGGGAUGAAUUGAAGCGCACCUGUGAAACUGCAGAACAUGUGUUACAGUUAACAAUCAAGGAACCUUUGGCAUUGUUAGGAGGUGGCUGCACAGAAACUCACUUGGCUUCGUACAUAAGACACAAGAGUUGUAGUCUGUCUACCAGCAGUUUUAAAGAUCUAGAUUGUUCUCGGACGCAAUACCAAUUGGUUGCUGAUGGUUUUUGCCGUUCCCUGGAGUCUGUAGCUUGCUCUCUGAAUCAUGAUGAUGGAGAAAUUCUUACAGACAUGGUUUAUGGACACUGUUGGUUUGUUCCGUCAGGUUUUUCCUCUGUCUCAAAUUGGUCAGAUUUAGUUUCAAAAUGUGGCUGUGGGAUUAAUGGUAACACUGAGAAUCUCAGCUGGAGGCUUUUGCGAGGCCAGUGUGGCUCUCCUGUUUCAGGCUGCCCUGAAGAGCCCUCGGUAAGGGUCGCUGACUUUUUGGCAUUAGACUGUUUUGCUGCAAAGUGUAGUGGCCUUCAAGUAGCUGUGGAGACAGCGAAUCUGAUUUUGGAUCUUGCGUACGUAAUUGAAGAUCAAAAUUAG